GUCACUAAGUUUAAUCUUUGAGGGAAAGUACGUGGGUGGUUCUUGCAGGCGAAUACUUCUGAUAUCCCUGGUAAUGUACCAGAGAUUACAACAAUUUGCAAAAAGAUAGUGUUCAGUAUUAGUACUAGAACUCCUUCUAGACCUGGCACUUUUAGGAAUAGGAGCUCAGUGGAAGAAGGCACGGUAAACCAAGGUGGGAGUGUCAAAACUGUUCGAGAGAUGGUCCUAAAUUCUUCUUGGUCUUGGCUGCCUUGGGAUUUAUCUCAUAUUUUCCACUUGACAAUUAUUUUGAGCUUUGCCUAUGUGGCCCUGAAAGCUGUUCAGCUGUAUCGGAAAAAACAGUACCUGGUCAAAGUUCUCAGCAGUUUUCCAGGACCUCCCGCUCACUGGCUAUAUGGCCAUGUCAAAAUGAUGAAACCAGAAGAAGAAUUCCUGAACAUAGCAGCAUGGACAGAAAAGUACCCACACUGCCAUCCACUUUGGUAUGGAACUUUCUUGGCUUUCCUGGCCCUCAACCACCCUGAAUAUGCAAAGGCAGUGUACAGCAGAGGUGAUCCUAAAGCUCUUGUAGCAUACGACUUCCUAAUUCCAUGGAUUGGAAGGGGGCUUCUCGUCCUGAAUGGGCCAAAGUGGCAGCAGCACCGGAAACUGCUGACUCCCGGAUUCCAUUACAAUAUUCUGAAGCCUUAUGUGACUCUUAUGGCAGAAUCAGUCAAGGAGAUGCUGGAUAUAUGGGGAAAGCUGGUACCAAAGAAUGGCACAGCAUCAGUGGAGAUGUUCGAACAUGUCAGUCUGAUGACUCUUGAUACUAUUAUGAAAUGUGCCUUCAGCUACCAGAAAAAUGCUGAAACAGACAGAGACAAUUCCUACAUUCAAACUGUAUUUGAUCUCAGCUAUCUGUUCUAUCAGAGACUGAAAACACCUUGGCAUCACAAUGAUCUCAUUUACCGAUUGAGCUCCAAAGGGCGUCAGUUUUACAAAGCUUGCAAAAUAGCCCAUCAUCACACAGAGAAGGUAAUAAGCGAGAGGAAGGAUUCCCUCAAGAAUGAGAAAGAGCUUGAAAAGAUUCUGAAGAAGAGGCAUUUGGACUUUCUGGAUAUUCUUCUUUGCGCAAAGGAUGAAAAUGGAAAUCCACUGUCAGAUGAAGACAUACGUGCAGAAGUGGACACAUUCAUGUUCGAAGGUCAUGAUACCACAGCUAGUGGAAUCUCUUGGCUCUUUUAUUGUAUGGCUCAGAACCCUGAACAUCAGCAGAGAUGCAGAGAGGAGAUCAUGGAGCUUCUUGGACAACAGGAAGAGAUACAAUGGGACGACUUGGGAAAGAUGACGUACAGCACCAUGUGCAUUAAGGAGAGCCUUCGGCUUUAUCCUCCAGUACCUCUUAUAGCACGAGAACUGAAUUCUCCUGUGACUUUUGCUGAUGGACGAACCUUACCAAAAGGCUUUCUAACUGCAUUGGAUGUUUAUGGUCUUCACAGAAAUCCUGAGAUUUGGGACAAUCCUGAGGAAUUUAAUCCUCUAAGAUUCUCCACAGAGAAUUCAAAGCAUCGCCACCCAUAUGCUUUCUUGCCUUUUGCUGCAGGGCCAAGGAACUGCAUUGGACAGCAGUUUGCCAUGAAUGAGAUGAAGGUUGCUCUUGCAUUGACACUCCUGCGCUUUGAGCUUUUGCCUGAUCCUGCCAACCUCCCGAUUCCCAUGCUGCAAGUUGUCACCCGAUCCAUAAAUGGGAUAUAUCUGAAGCUGAAGGCUCUCCACUGAUAGCUGCUUUUACCAGAGUAGUAAUGCUUGCUUCUGGACUCUCAAUUCCUGCCAAUAAAUACAUACAUACUGUCCCUGAUAAAAUAUGUAAACAUCCUACAUACAAAGAAUUAUUAUUACUGUAUUUUCCAAUAACAUUGAUCUGGAUCCAGCCAUGACGUGGGGAAAAGGUGGGGAUUUAGCGCCCAUGGGGGGAAUAUAUUAGAAUGUGUGAGUGAAGGUUCCAGCUGUUCCCAUAUAACUAUAAGCACCAGCUGCCACAAAGUUGUUCCGUCAUUUUGAGCCAGCAGCUCCAGCUGAAUCAGAAAGUCUUCAGGACAUACUCUAGACAGUGAGCAAAGACAAAGCAGCAGUCAGCUGGCGAUGUA